CAUAAGCAUUGAUUUCAUCGUCUAGUCAUCUUGCAUGCCGCUUCAAUUUCAGCGACGCGUUAAAGCAACGAACGAGCGUAUUAAUUAUUUGAGAAUUAUAUGUUGCGCGUCUGAUAAUAAUUACUCCUACGUAGGCGUUUACAUAAUUGAAAGCGGCGCACCGUAUUCAUGAAUCACGUAGGUAGAGGAGAGAAUUAAUUGAUUAAACAAAGAUUCGAUGAAACAAUUUCCGGUGACGUCCACCGGUAGCUCCAACAUUUCAUGAUAACGCUUGUGUUAUAGACACGAAAUCCAUCAAUAAACUGCGCAUAAAUAAUAACAUAUCUAUGAUGUACGUAGACGAGCAAUUAACGAUAACGUUAACGCAACUUCCAACGCGUAUGCAAACACUCCAACGUACGGAGUAUCGAUACGCGCCUUGGAUAACGGUACGACUUCGUCUUAUCGGCAGUUUAUCGUCGAUGCAAGUCGCUGAUUAACAACAAACGCACGCGAAACACCGCCCGACCACGAUCGGCGUUUACUCGAUAUCGAUUUAGGCCUCUCAAGGAUGACAAUAUUCUCAGGUCGCAUUUUGCGCUUGUGUCUACGAGAAUAUAUAAUCACGCGGCGUGCGAUAUGCUCAGAAAUUCAUCUACUUCGACCCUCCGAGAUGACUCGAUACGGGUCUUAUUUGUGCGACAGUAGGAUGCUUCUUGGAAGAUGAAGCGUAUCGUGAUCGUGCAUACAUUUCCGGUUCGGAGGACUCGACUCUCGCCUCGCCUUUCGCUCCUCUUCGCGCGGCUAAUGAUGAUCGAAGCUCUUUGACAACUUUAUGAAACAAAUCCUUUGAGCUUCGAAGAUUAAAGUAUGAAAAGAAAAAGAGAAAGUACUGAAAUAAUGAGGAAAUUGAACCAAUUAAAUUACUUGAUUUUUCGAAGAAUUCACAAAGGAUCUGAAAAGGCUUCCACGUUUAACACAUCGCUGCCAUUAAUUUUGUCGAGUAUAACGACUACAUCUCUCUCCUUUCCGAAGCCUUUGAACGAACGCAAAUCGUAAAAAUGAGUAAUUUUCUAAUGAAAACAAACUCGAGACAGGGCUAGCUUUACCGCGCGUGAUGCGACGAGGCAUCGUGGCGCAAUAUUGACAGAAGAGUCUCAGCUUCUCGCUGUGCGUGUCUCGUGAUCAGCCUUUGUAAAUCUAUACGAUUGCGCAACAUCAAUCGCAACAGCAACAACAACGGCGAUAACUGCACAUUACUGUGGAAUGACAAAGAAGGAUCGAAGAAGAGAGAAGGAAGGAGUGGGAGGAACAAGGUGAUAAUUCAAAGAGACGAACGACCAACGAUACAAGUGAAAAAUAGGAGAAACGCAGGAAAAUAAAGUGGAGAAUAAAGUACAAUAGAGUCUAUUGCACUUCGGAAUACUAGUUUCCCUCGGAAUUCUCCGCAGAAACGUACAAAGGAUGGGGAAAAUCCUUGACGGAAAAUAGGAUUAACGAGCUGAAGCGCUGAAAAAAAAGCAUGUGUGACAUAAUAUGAGGCGGCGUGGCAAAGUUCACUCUGAAGCGGCGACAAGAAGAAUCGCUGGAUAAUCAGCGGGCAAACAGCAAAAGUAUAAAGGAGGUGGGAAAGGGCGGGAGGGAGAGAAGGUGGAGGUAGAGCUUGGGAAAGGUUCUGCCUGUGGGUGGAUAUAGACGGGUGUAGUAUCGGCGGCGCGAAGGGGGACGACGGGGGAUAUAUGUAUCGCCUCCACCUCGGUGUGAUCCGCGUUUGCGCGAUUCGGUCGGCGGCGUGCGCCGGGCGGCGGCGGCGGGCGGUUAACGCAUCUCUCGCCGCGGCGGUAGUCGAUAUCCUUGCACGGACCGAUCAGCAAGGGCCACCGUCGCGACGUCAAUUGGUCGCCGUGAGAUCGCGAGAUCGCGAGAUCGGCUCGCCGCGGCGGAGAGGAAGCCGUGCCGGAAGUUGAUUGCGCCGGGGUUGCGCACGGGGUGCACCGCGCGAAGGGGCUUGAAUACGCGGUGGUUAGCAUUCUACGGUGGCUAGUCGGCGCGCUUGGCGCUCGCCACACCGCGAUUUGAGAGAGGUCGCAAAAGAGGCGGUAAACUAGCAUCGAUCGAGCUGGUGAUUCGUCGCAUGCUCAUCCCGGCGGCUCCUGUAAGAGGUCGACCGCGGUAAAAGAGAAGAAGAAUAGCGGGGACGAGAGAGAAAGGCCGAAAGAAAAGAAGCGAGGGAAGAAAGUCGCCGCCGGUGGUGCAAUCCGAGAGCCGCGGAAAACAGAAAGGCGAGGCGGCGAUCGAGCGCGCGCGGGCGGAGAGCGGACAGCGGAAAGGGGGAUAUACACAUCGGCGGCGAUCGAGCAAGGCGAGGCAAGCACGGCUCAACUCGUCGCAGAAUGGCGUGGGGCUACUGGAGCGCGACUUCCGUCAGCGAUCGAGGUCGGUCACCUCGCCGCGAGAAGGACAAACAGCAUCAGAGCUUGCACCAGCAUCAGCAGUCGCAGCAGGCGCAACAACAGCAGAUGCACCAGUCGGAGCUGUCGACGCAAAGCGCGUACGGCAGCGUGCAGCAGGAGCGAGAGCUCGGCGGCGUGGCCACCGUCGCCGGUGUCGGGUCGGUCGCGGUCGAAGAGCCGCCCUGCAGCAUGAUGAUCCAGGGUGGUUCCUUCUACUCGUACUCGGCGGCGACGGCGGCGGCGGCGGCGGCCGCCGCGAGCCGUCGUAUCUCCGCCGUCGAAGGCGGUGGUCCAUCCUCCAUCACGUCCACCGGCAUCCAAGUGCUGCCGCGGGAACGCCACGUGAAACCCGGCACCAGCGCGUAUCCGCCGUCGUCGCCGGGCAGCGGCGAUUCGGCCGAGUACGAGCAACCGCUCGCCGGUCAUCUUCGCGCCGCCGAUAUCUCGCCGCCGCUCUCGCGCGGAAGUCCUCCGUCGCUUCAUCAUCAUCAUCAUCAUCACGACGACAUGUUCGCGCAGCCCGGCGCCUCGUCCUCGUCCAGAGUGGCGAAGCUGCUCCAGUGUCCGCCGGACGAAGGUAUGGACGAGCUUUCCGAAGCCGAGCUGGAGGAAGUGACGAUGAACGCCGAGUUGAUCUACGGCCGUAUCGGGCCCACCGCAACGUGCCGUCUGCAUGGACCGUGCGGUCAGCAGCCGCUACCGCCGUUGCCGCCGGAAUCCGCGCCCUCGAUGACGUCGCUGCUCGAAAUCGAGCCUGCCGGUCCGUCGCAGUUCCAGUUCAACGAGAUCACCUGGGUUUUUCCUAACGUGCCGCCCGCUCCCGGGAUGCCGUGUCAGGGAGAAGACAGAAGCAUCUACAGACGUGGCGCACGUAGAUGGAGGAAGCUGUACCGAGUGAACGGCCAUAUAUUUCAGGCGAAACGAUUCAAUCGGAGAGCCUUCUGCGCGUUCUGCCAGGAUCGGAUCUGGGGCCUUGGGCGGCAGGGGUUCAAGUGCAUCCAGUGCAAGUUGCUCGUGCACAAAAAAUGCCACAAGGUGGUGCGGAAGCCGUGCCUGAGUCUGCAGCAGCAGCAGCAACAGAGCGCGGAGUCGCAGACGACCCUCGACAGAAACGGCGACCAACAGCUUGAUUCGUUUUGCGGUCCAGCGACUCAUCUCGAAGAUGAAAUCACGGAGUCGCCGAUUAUUGAGAAGCAUUCGCGCGAUCGAAUCGGAAGUGAGGAAGGGGAAGAAUUGCCACUGGACACUCUGAACGAGGGCGACACAUCGAACGACAUGCAGCGGCAGUAUUCACUGAACGACUUCGAUCUGAUUAGGGUGAUCGGUCGUGGUUCGUACGCGAAGGUCUUGAUGGUGGAGCUGAAGCGUACCAAGAGGAUCUACGCCAUGAAGGUGAUCAAGAAGGCACUGGUGACGGACGACGAGGAUAUCGAUUGGGUGCAGACGGAGAAGCACGUGUUCGAGACGGCCUCGAAUCAUCCCUUCCUGGUGGGCCUGCACUCCUGCUUCCAGACGCCAUCGCGUCUGUUCUUCGUGAUCGAAUUCGUGCGUGGCGGUGAUCUUAUGUUCCACAUGCAAAGACAGCGCCGUCUUCCGGAGGAUCACGCGCGGUUCUACGUAGCCGAGAUCAGUCUGGCGUUAAACUUUUUGCACGAGAAGGGAAUCAUAUACAGGGAUUUGAAGCUAGACAAUGUACUGCUUGACCACGAAGGACACGUCAAGCUUACGGACUACGGAAUGUGCAAGGAGGGCAUUCGGGAGGGCGACAACACCGGUACCUUCUGCGGCACUCCGAAUUAUAUCGCUCCCGAGAUUCUUCGUGGCGAGGAAUACAGCUUCUCGGUGGACUGGUGGGCCUUGGGGGUCCUGCUGUACGAAAUGCUGGCGGGCCGCAGUCCCUUUGACAUCACCGGCGCGGCCGAGAAUCCGGACCAGAAUACGGAGGAUUUCCUGUUUCAAGUCAUCCUCGAGAAGACCAUACGUAUACCGCGAUCAUUGUCCGUUAAGGCGGCGUCUGUUCUUAAAGGUUUCCUCUGCAAAAAUCCCGCCGAGAGGCUAGGUUGUGGAAAGAGGCCUUCCGCUUUUCUAGACAUAGUAUCUCAUCCCUUCUUCAGAGCAAUCGAUUGGGAAAUGUUGGAGCAAAAACAGGUCACGCCACCUUACAAGCCACGCUUGGAUUCCGAUCGCGAUCUAGCGAACUUCCCGCCCGAGUUUACGGACGAGCCUGUCAUUUUGACUGAUGAUGAUGAGGACGUAAUUAAGAAGAUUGAUCAGAGCGAAUUCGACGGUUUCGAGUAUGUGAAUCCUCUACUAAUGUCACUGGAGGACUGCGUGUGACAAGAACCGCUUUUCAUUGUGCAGCGUCACAAUCAAGACCAGCAACUCUACCAGCAUCAUCAGCUGCAGCAGUGUUACAUGUACGAAUUGCAAGACAGACUCGCGAAACUUCGUAUCGAUCCCCUACUCCCCGUUAUCGGCUCAAGCAAUCAAGGUUAUCACAAUAACGUAUUCCUAAUGACAUAUUCGGAGGAGAAUGAGAACGACAAUAA